UGACAAGGACACACCUCCAAGAAUGGUGAGAUUAUCAUACAAGCUUAAUAGAUGGAGAGAGUCAGAUAUGUGCAUUCACACAAUGGCUGGAAGGGAAUACCUCUACAAACUGACUCUGCUGAGUAUUUUAACUGCAACGUCACAUGCUCAGCUGGAUGUGUGUGGCAUCCCACCAAAGAACACGAGGAUAGUUGGAGGUGAAGACGCUCAAGAAGGAAAUUGGCCGUGGCAGGCCAGUCUGCAGUUUUUUGACAGCCAUGUUUGUGGUGGUUCACUCAUAAACAAAGAGUGGGUGAUGUCUGCUGCCCACUGCUUCUCCAGCACAAAUACCUUUGGAUGGUCAGUUUCUCUUGGUCGUCAGAACCUGCAGGGCAACAACACAAACGAAGUGUCAAGAAUUGUUGAAACAAUCAUUUUGCAUCCAAACUUUGACCAAUUUAGCUUUGACAACGACAUCGCUCUGCUAAGACUUUCCUCACCGGUUAAUUUCACAGCCUACAUCAGACCUGUGUGUCUGGCAGCCAGUAACAGUAACUUCAUCAAUGGAACCGACAGCUGGGUCACUGGUUGGGGAACAGUUCAGGAGGGAGUGUCCCUCCCCUUCCCUCAAACGCUACAAGAAGUGGAGGUUCCAAUUGUGGGGAAUAGACAGUGUAACUGCCUGAAUGGUGAAGGUUCUAUUACAAACAACAUGAUCUGUGCUGGUUUCCUUGAAGGAGGGAAAGAUGCUUGUCAGGGCGACUCAGGAGGUCCAAUGAUGAGCCAGCAGGAUUCAAUCUGGAUCCAAUCAGGAAUUGUCAGUUUUGGUGUUGGCUGUGCUCGACCUAAUCUGCCGGGAGUUUAUGCCAGAGUGUCCAGCUACCAGUCCUGGAUCAACUCACACAUCAGUUCUGAUAAACCAGGUUUUGUCCAGUUCAACUCCACUGGGCUGGAUACUGACACCAACUUCACAUGCUCUGGUCCUUCUCCUGUUACUAGUAUUAUUCCUACGACAGAACCAGAGCCCAGCAUCUCAAGUGCUAAACUGUGUGGCACCUCUCCACUGAACACGAGGAUAGUUGGAGGUGAAAACGCUCAAGAAGGAAGUUGGCCUUGGCAGGUCAGUUUGCAGGAUCUUGGCAACCAUGUUUGUGGUGGUUCUCUAAUAAACAAAGAGUGGGUGAUGUCGGCUGCCCACUGCUUCUUCAGCACAAAUACCUUUGGAUGGUCCGUUUCUCUUGGUCGUCAGAACCUGCAGGGCAACAACACAAAUGAAGUGUCCAGAACUGUUGACACAAUCAUUUUGCAUCCAAACUUUGACACUUUUAGCUUUGACAAUGACAUCGCUCUGCUUAGACUUUCCUCACCGGUCACUUUCACAGACUACAUCAGACCUGUGUGUCUGGCAGCCAGUAGCAGUAACUUCAUCAGUGGUACUGAUAGCUGGGUCACUGGUUGGGGAACAGUCCAGGAAGGAGUGUUACUCCCCUUCCCUCAAACGCUACAAGAAGUGGAGGUUCCAAUUGUGGGGAACAGACAGUGUAACUGCCUGAAUGAUGAAAGUUCUAUUACAGACAACAUGAUCUGUGCUGGUUUACUUGAAGGAGGGAAAGAUGCUUGUCAGGGUGACUCAGGAGGUCCAAUGAUGAGCCAGCAGGAUUCAAUCUGGAUCCAAUCAGGAAUUGUCAGUUUUGGUGUUGGCUGUGCUAGACCUGAUCUGCCGGGAGUUUAUGCCAGAGUGUCCAGCUACCAGUCCUGGAUCAAUUCACACAUCAGUUCCGAUAAGCCAGGCUUUGUCCAGUUCAACUCCAGUGGGCUGGAUACUGACACCAACUUCACAUGCUCUGGUCCUUCUCCUCCUGUUACUAGUAUUAUUCCUACGACAGGACCAGGGCCCAGCAUCUCAAGUGCUGAAUUGUGUGGCACCUCUCCACUGAACACGAGGAUAGUUGGAGGUGAAGACGCUCAAGAAGGAAGUUGGCCUUGGCAAGUCAGUUUGCAGGAUCUUGGCAACCAUGUUUGUGGUGGUUCUCUAAUAAACAAAGAGUGGGUGAUGUCGGCUGCCCACUGCUUCUUCAGCACAAAUACCUUUGGAUGGUCCGUUUCUCUUGGUCGUCAGAACCUGCAGGGCAACAACACAAAUGAAGUGUCCAGAACUGUUGACACAAUCAUUUUGCAUCCAAACUUUGACACUUUUAGCUUUGACAAUGACAUCGCUCUGCUCAGACUUUCCUCACCGGUCACUUUCACAGACUACAUCAGACCUGUGUGUCUGGCAGCCAGUAGCAGUAACUUCAUUAGUGGUACUGAUAGCUGGGUCACUGGUUGGGGAACAGUCCAGGAAGGAGUGUUACUCCCCUUCCCUCAAACGCUACAAGAAGUGGAGGUUCCAAUUGUGGGGAAUAGACAGUGUAACUGCCUGAAUGAUGAAAGUUCUAUUACAGACAACAUGAUCUGUGCUGGUUUACUUGAAGGAGGAAAAGAUGCUUGUCAGGGUGACUCAGGAGGUCCAAUGAUGAGCCAGCAGGAUUCAAUCUGGAUCCAAUCAGGAAUUGUCAGUUUUGGUGUUGGCUGUGCUAGACCUGAUCUGCCGGGUGUUUAUGCCAGAGUGUCCAGCUACCAGUCCUGGAUCAAUUCACACAUCAGUUCCGAUAAGCCAGGCUUUGUCCAGUUCAACUCCAGUGGGCUGGAUACUGACACCAACUUCACAUGCUCUGGUCCUUCUCCUCCUGUUACUAGUAUUAUUCCUACGACAGGACCAGGGCCCAGCAUCUCAAGUGCUGAAUUGUGUGGCACCUCUCCACUGAACACGAGGAUAGUUGGAGGUGAAGACGCUCAAGAAGGAAGUUGGCCUUGGCAGGUCAGUUUGCAGGAUCUUGGCAACCAUGUUUGUGGUGGUUCUCUAAUAAACAAAGAGUGGGUGAUGUCAGCUGCCCACUGCUUCUUCAGCACAAAUACCUUUGGGUGGUCCGUUUCUCUUGGUCGUCAGAACCUGCAGGGCAACAACACAAAUGAAGUGUCCAGAACUGUUGACACAAUCAUUUUGCAUCCAAACUUUGACACUUUUAGCUUUGACAAUGACAUCGCUCUGCUCAGACUUUCCUCACCGGUCACUUUCACAGACUACAUCAGACCUGUGUGUCUGGCAGCCAGUAGCAGUAACUUCAUCAGUGGUACUGAUAGCUGGGUCACUGGUUGGGGAACAGUCCAGGAAGGAGUGUUACUCCCCUUCCCUCAAACGCUACAAGAAGUGGAGGUUCCAAUUGUGGGGAAUAGACAGUGUAACUGCCUGAAUGAUGAAAGUUCUAUUACAGACAACAUGAUCUGUGCUGGUUUACUUGAAGGAGGGAAAGAUGCUUGUCAGGGUGACUCAGGAGGUCCAAUGAUGAGCCAGCAGGAUUCAAUCUGGAUCCAAUCAGGAAUUGUCAGUUUUGGUGUUGGCUGUGCUCGACCUAAUCUGCCGGGUGUUUAUGCCAGAGUGUCCAGCUACCAGUCCUGGAUCAAUUCACACAUCAGUUCCGAUAAGCCAGGCUUUGUCCAGUUCAACUCCAGUGGGCUGGAUACUGACACCAACUUCACAUGCUCUGGUCCUUCUCCUCCUGUUACUAGUAUUAUUCCUACGACAGGACCAGGGCCCAGCAUCUCAAGUGCUGAAUUGUGUGGCACCUCUCCACUGAACACGAGGAUAGUUGGCGGUGAAGACGCUCAAGAAGGAAGUUGGCCUUGGCAGGUCAGUUUGCAGGAUUUUGGUAGCCAUGUUUGUGGUGGUUCUCUUAUAAACAAAGAGUGGGUGAUGUCGGCUGCCCACUGCUUUUUCAGCACAAAUACCUUUGGAUGGUCCGUUUCUCUUGGUCGUCAAAACCUGGAGGGCAACAACACAAAUGAAGUGUCCAGAACUGUUGACACAAUCAUUUUGCAUCCAAACUUUGACACUUUUAGCUUUGACAAUGACAUCGCUCUGCUUAGACUUUCCUCACCGGUCACUUUCACAGACUACAUCAGACCUGUGUGUCUGGCAGCCAGUAACAGUAACUUCAUCAGUGGUACUGAUAGCUGGGUCACUGGUUGGGGAACAGUUCAGGAGGGAGUGUUACUCCCCUUCCCUCAAACGCUACAAGAAGUGGAGGUUCCAAUUGUGGGAAACAGACAGUGUACCUGCCUGAAUGAUGAAAGUUCUAUUACAGACAACAUGAUCUGUGCUGGUUUACUUGAAGGAGGAAAAGAUGCUUGUCAGGGCGACUCAGGAGGUCCAAUGAUGAGCCAGCAGGAUUCAAUCUGGAUCCAAUCAGGAAUUGUCAGUUUUGGUGUUGGCUGUGCUCGACCUAAUCUGCCGGGAGUUUAUGCCAGAGUGUCCAGCUACCAGUCCUGGAUCAACUCACACAUCAGUUCUGAUAAGCCAGGCUUUGUCCAGUUCAACUCCAGUGGGCUGGAUACUGACACCAACUUCACAUGCUCUGGUCCUUCUCCUGUUACUAGUAUUAUUCCUACGACAGGACCAGGGCCCAGCAUCUCAAGUGCUGAACUGUGUGGCACCUCUCCACUGAGCACGAGGAUAGUUGGAGGUGAAGACGCUCAAGAAGGAAGUUGGCCUUGGCAGGUCAGUUUGCAGGAUCUUGGCAACCAUGUUUGUGGUGGUUCUCUAAUAAACAAAGAGUGGGUGAUGUCGGCUGCCCACUGCUUCUUCAGCACAAAUACCUUUGGAUGGUCCGUUUCUCUUGGUCGUCAGAACCUGCAGGGCAACAACACAAAGGAAGUGUCCAGAACUGUUGACACAAUCAUUUUGCAUCCAAACUUUGACACUUUUAGCUUUGACAAUGACAUCGCUCUGCUUAGACUUUCCUCACCGGUCACUUUCACAGACUACAUCAGACCUGUGUGUCUGGCAGCCAGUAACAGUAACUUCAUCAGUGGUACUGAUAGCUGGGUCACUGGUUGGGGAACAGUUCAGGAGGGAGUGUUACUCCCCUUCCCUCAAACGCUACAAGAAGUGGAGGUUCCAAUUGUGGGAAACAGACAGUGUACCUGCCUGAAUGAUGAAAGUUCUAUUACAGACAACAUGAUCUGUGCUGGUUUACUUGAAGGAGGAAAAGAUGCUUGUCAGGGCGACUCAGGAGGUCCAAUGAUGAGCCAGCAGGAUUCAAUCUGGAUCCAAUCAGGAAUUGUCAGUUUUGGUGUUGGCUGUGCUCGACCUAAUCUGCCGGGAGUUUAUGCCAGAGUGUCCAGCUACCAGUCCUGGAUCAACUCACACAUCAGUUCCGAUAAGCCAGGCUUUGUCCAGUUCAACUCCAGUGGGCUGGAUACUGACACCAACUUCACAUGCUCUGGUCCGUCUCCUCCUGUUACUAGUAUUAUUCCUACGACAGGACCAGGGCCCAGCAUCUCAAGUGCUGAAUUGUGUGGCGCCUCUCCACUGAACACGAGGAUAGUUGGAGGUGAAGACGCUCAAGAAGGAAGUUGGCCUUGGCAGGCCAGUUUGCAGGAUUUUGGCAGCCAUGUUUGUGGUGGUUCUUUAAUAAACAAAGAGUGGGUGAUGUCGGCUGCCCACUGCUUCUUCAGCACAAAUACCUUUGGAUGGUCCGUUUCUCUUGGUCGUCAGAACCUGCAGGGCAACAACACAAAUGAAGUGUCCAGAACUGUUGACACAAUCAUUUUGCAUCCAAACUUUGACACUUUUAGCUUUGACAAUGACAUCGCUCUGCUUAGACUUUCCUCACCGGUCACUUUCACAGACUACAUCAGACCUGUGUGUCUGGCAGCCAGUAGCAGUAACUUCAUCAGUGGUACUGAUAGCUGGGUCACUGGUUGGGGAACAGUUCAGGAGGGAGUGUUACUCCCCUUCCCUCAAACGCUACAAGAAGUGGAGGUUCCAAUUGUGGGGAAUAGACAGUGUAACUGCCUGAAUGAUGAAAGUUCUAUUACAGACAACAUGAUCUGUGCUGGUUUACUUGAAGGAGGAAAAGAUGCUUGUCAGGGUGACUCAGGAGGUCCAAUGAUGAGCCAGCAGGAUUCUAUCUGGAUCCAAUCAGGAAUUGUCAGUUUUGGUGUUGGCUGUGCUCGACCUAAUCUGCCGGGAGUUUAUGCCAGAGUGUCCAGCUACCAGUCCUGGAUCAAUUCACACAUCAGUUCUGAUAAGCCAGGCUUUGUCCAGUUCAACUCCAGUGGGCUGGAUACUGACACCAACUUCACAUGCUCUGGUCCUUCUCCUCCUGUUACUAGUAUUAUUCCUACGACAGGACCAGGGCCCAGCAUCUCAAGUGCUGAACUGUGUGGCAGCUCUCCACUGAACACGAGGAUAGUUGGAGGUGAAGACGCUCAAGAAGGAAGUUGGCCUUGGCAGGUCAGUUUGCAGGAUCUUGGCAGCCAUGUUUGUGGUGGUUCUCUAAUAAACAAAGAGUGGGUGAUGUCGGCUGCCCACUGUUUCUCCAGCACAAAUACCUUUGGAUGGUCCGUUUCUCUUGGUCGUCAGAACCUGCAGGGCAACAACACAAAUGAAGUGUCCAGAACUGUUGACACAAUAAUUUUGCAUCCAAACUUUGACACUUUUAGCUUUGACAAUGACAUCGCUCUGCUUAGACUAUCCUCACCGGUCACUUUCACAGACUACAUCAGACCUGUGUGUCUGGCAGCCAGUAACAGUAACUUCAUCAGUGGUACUGAUAGCUGGGUCACUGGUUGGGGAACAGUUCAGGAGGGAGUGUUACUCCCCUUCCCUCAAACGCUACAAGAAGUGGAGGUUCCAAUUGUGGGAAACAGACAGUGUACCUGCCUGAAUGAUGAAAGUUCUAUUACAGACAACAUGAUCUGUGCUGGUUUACUUGAAGGAGGGAAAGAUGCUUGUCAGGGCGACUCAGGAGGUCCAAUGAUGAGCCAGCAGGAUUCAAUCUGGAUCCAAUCAGGAAUUGUCAGUUUUGGUGUUGGCUGUGCUCGACCUAAUCUGCCGGGAGUUUAUGCCAGAGUGUCCAGCUACCAGUCCUGGAUCAACUCACACAUCAGUACUGAUACACCAGGCUUUGUCCAGUUCAACUCCAGUGGGCUGGAUACUGACACCAACUUCACAUGCUCUGGUCCUUCUCCUCCUGUUACUAGUAUUAUUCCUACGACAGGACCAGGGCCCAGCAUCUCAAGUGCUGAACUGUGUGGCACGUCUCCACUGAACGCGAGGAUAGUUGGAGGUGAAGACGCUCAAGAAGGAAGUUGGCCUUGGCAGGCCAGUUUGCAGGAUUUUGGCAGCCAUGUUUGUGGUGGUUCUCUUAUAAACAGAGAGUGGGUGAUCUCGGCUGCCCACUGCUUCUCCAGCACGAAUACCUUUGGAUGGUCUGUUUCUCUUGGUCGUCAGAACCUACAGGGCAACAACACAAAUGAAGUGUCCAGAACUGUUGACACAAUCAUUUUGCAUCCAAACUUUGACACUUUUAGCUUUGACAAUGACAUCGCUCUGCUUAGACUUUCCUCACCAGUCACUUUCACAGACUAUAUCAGACCUGUGUGUCUGGCAGCCAGUAGCAGUAACUUCAUCAGUGGUACUGAUAGCUGGGUCACUGGUUGGGGAACAGUCCAGGAGGGAGUGUUACUCCCCUUCCCUCAAACGCUACAAGAAGUGGAGGUUCCAGUUGUGGGGAACAAACAGUGUGACUGCCUGAAUGGUGAAGGUUCUAUUACAGACAACAUGAUCUGUGCUGGUUUACUUGAAGGAGGGAAAGAUGCUUGUCAGGGCGACUCAGGCGGUCCAAUGGUGAACCAGCAAGACUCAAUCUGGAUCCAGUCAGGAAUUGUCAGUUUUGGUGUUGGCUGUGCUAGGCCUAAUUUGCCGGGAGUGUAUGCCAGAGUGUCCACCUAUCAGUCCUGGAUCAACUCACACAUCAGUUCUGAUAAACCGGGCUUUGUCCAGUUUAACUCCAGUGGGCUGGAUGCUGACAUCAACUUCAUUUGUCCUGGUCCCUCUACUCCUGUUACUAGUGUUACUACUGCUACUGCUACUGCUCCUAGUACUACUGCUACUGCUACUACUACUACUGCUACUGCUACUACUACUACUGCUACUACUACUACCUCUACUGCUACGAGUACUACUGCUCCUGCUACUACUCCUACUAUUACUACUACAACUUCAGCAAGUCCCCAACCAGAAAUUCCAAGUUUCACUGAGCAAGUGUGUGGCACAGCUCCAUUAAACAAUCGGGAAGAAGGCGACACUGGAGUUGUACCAGGGGGUACUUGGCCUUGGGCUGUUCGUCUCUACAAAAACAAUGUUUUUACUUGUGCAGGAACUCUCAUCAGUGCCAGGUUCAUCCUCACUUCCGGACAAUGUUUCUCAAACUCUAAUUCUACUGCCAGCGACUGGAUUGCAUAUUUGGGCCAGAAACCUGAAAAUGGCAUAGAGGAAUUUGAAAUGAUGAUGGCCAUUGAACAAAUUACAAUUAGCGAAAUGACAGGUUCCAACAUUGCAGUGCUACAGCUAACAAAUGCAGUCAGCGUCAGUGAUUACCUACAGUCUGUGUGUUUGGACAUCAACGAUGCAACAACCUUUCCUUUGGGAAGUCGCUGCUGGGUUGUCGGCUGGGGACAGGAAACAAAUGAUCAAAUCAAUGCAAGCCCUGGUGAAAGUCUAAGAGACAUUGAAACUAUAAUCACAAGUUGUGAGAGUGAUAAUCAGGACAACAUUUGCACUCCAAGCUUCGACAUUCAACAGAUGGAUGAGGGUGGUCCACUUGUCUGCAAGUCAGACUCAUCUUGGUUCCAGGCUGCCGUUGUUACAACAGGUCAAAGUCGAUCCCUUCGUGCUGACAUUCAGGUCUUUACCAGAACCAAGCGUUUCGAAGCAUUCUUAAGGGAAACAGUUGGCGACCUGCCGUCUCCUGCAGCUUCCUCAUCGGCAGUUAUGCCAGGUUGCUGUGGGUCCUCGUUGCUUUGUUUCUUUGUGACUUUGACAUUUAGCUACCUGAUGAUGUAUCAAUGAACAGCUAGAGAAUAUUCAUUUCUGCCCCUACGCUGUUGCAGUUUCAAUGAAUACGUUUUUAUGAUGUGUAAUGUUUAUUGUUUAAAUGUACGGCAGUGAAAAUUAAAUUAAUUUCCCCAACGGGGACCAAUAAAUCUAAAUCUAAAACACAAUGCUAUCAAGCGUUACAGUUUCAAACGCCAAUCUUGCUUGCUUUUAUCCAGAUGACAAUAGCUGCCUGAGGUAAGUACUACAUAUAGCUGCUUUAUUAUAACACUAUUCUAAAUGUAAAUUGAUCUGUGAACUUUAGCAUUUUGGACUGAUGAAACAGUGGAUGAAUAUGAUCCCUUUAGCCUACUCUUAAUGACUCUAACUGCACUACUGUGAAAAAUGAAUAAUAAUUGUAGAAAACUCUUGAAAGUGUUACCACAAAAUACAAUAAAACAAGAGAACUGUA